GGUGAUCUGUGGUGGCCAAUUAACAGGAAUGACUGGAGCUAUAUAUUGCUAUGUCAAUAACUAAGCUUACAUAAAAAAGAAGACGAAAUAGAUCAGAGUUUGAAAAUUUAAUUCCUUGGAAAUAAAGAAAGUUUGUUUCACAUUAUUUAUAAAAAUGGCACGUAACGCCGAAAAAGCUAUGACAACCCUGGCUAGAUGGAGAGCAGCUCAAUUAGGAGAAAUUGACAAGCACAAAAAGAGGAGACCGUACUUAGCAUCUGAAUGCAAAAGUUUACACGCCUGUGAAAAAUGGAGAAUGCAAAUUAUUCGAGAAAUAGCAAAAAAAGUGGCACAAAUACAAAACGCAGGUUUGGGAGAAUUUAGAAUUAGAGAUUUAAAUGAUGAAAUAAACAAGUUGUUAAGAGAGAAACGACAUUGGGAAGAUCAAAUAAAGGAGUUAGGUGGCCCAGAUUAUCAGAGGGUAGGACCACGGAUGUUGGAUCAUGAAGGGAAAGAGGUACCUGGGAAUCGAGGAUACAAAUAUUUUGGAGCAGCAAAGGAAUUACCAGGAGUUCGAGAACUUUUUGAGCAGGAACCUCCACCUCCUCCAAGGAAAAGUAGAGCAGAACUAAUGAAAGAUAUUGAUGCAGAUUACUAUGGUUAUAUGGAUGAUGACGAUGGAAUUCUGAUACCAUUGGAAGUAAAAGCUGAAAAAGAAGCACUUCAGAAAUCAGUUGCAGAAUGGGUGAAAAAGAAAGAACAGAACCCAGAAUGCACUGAGGUCCAAGUAGAAGAAAAUAUUUAUGCUGUCGAAGGGUCUGAUGAAGAAGAUGAUUUACCAGUUAUUGAUGGAUCUCAGCAAAGGUUUGUUGCCCAUGUACCGGUACCAUCUCAACAUGACAUAGAACAGGCUUUAUUAAGGCGAAGAAAACAAGAACUUAUGGAAAAAUAUGGCGUACAAGAAGACCCAGUGUCGUAGUAAAUUAUUAUUAAUUUUAAAAUAUAAUUUUACCAUACUUAGGAA